AUGCCUGCACGAGGGACGACCGAUUCUGAAAUGGAAGCUGUGGAGAAAUCAACGCUUCAAACUCAACUUGGUCAACUCGCGAAUACAGCACGUGAACCGAGAAUGCUCCUUCUGUCCUUCUUCUUUUUCUUCUAUGGAUUUCAUGUUUCAUUUUGGAUAGGCGCGUAUCCGACAACUUUUGCGUUCUCGAAAAUUCUAUCGACAAACAUCUAUCUGCCGGCAUAUUAUGCUGUCAUGAUUGGACUAGGUGACAUUAUUGUUGGCUGGUACAUCAAUGUGUUCGACAAAAGAUAUCCUAAUUUUGGUCUGAUUCCAACAAUGUUCUCACAGCUCCUGUUGAGUGCUAUGGUAUACUGCCUGACCCUUUUGUCUACUUCAAAUUUGUCUACCAUAGAGACAAACGAUGACGAUUCUAUGCUGAUUACUCCAUCCACCUCCAUUUGUUGUAUGAUUGGAUUACUACAUGGUAUGAUAGAUUGCUGUUCGUGCUCAAUGCGAGCGCUUAUUUGCACAAUUGCAUUGCCACGAAAGAGGCUUCAAGCUUAUUCACUGUCCAAGCUCUAUCAGUCGGCCGCAUCUUGCGCAGCAUUCUUUCUCUCACCUCACCUCACUAUUUUCUGGUGGAUGGUUCUCCUCACAGGUAUGCAGUGCUUGUCCGUAAUUGGUUUUUUCAUCGUUUCAAAGCAGGUCACAUCAGAAGAGGUUUUCAAGGAGAAGGAUUUCAAGCCAAUCAAGAUACAUCCGGCGGAGAACGGUUGCGAUUUAAAAAUAAAAACGCUUGAGGCUGGAAUAUAA